UUUCUGCCCGGGUUCUAAAAACGGUAACACCACCUUCAUGUUUUGAUUUUGGCAACGCUCGCAUGCCUACUUGUUUUGUGGAGUGGAAUUACACUUAUAUCGCGUUUAUAUCUUUGGCACUUUAUUAAGUUGUUGCUGUUCGUAAGUCGUCGCUAACAUGCUUCUUUUCUGUCCGACUUGUGGGAAUGUUUUAAUUGUCGAAGAAGGCCAGAAGUGCCUGAGAUUUGCGUGUAACACUUGUCCUUAUAUUCACAACGUCACCAGGAAGGUAAACUACAGAAAAUAUCCCAAAUUGAAGGAAGUGGAUGAUGUUUUGGGUGGAGCUGCUGCUUGGGAAAAUGUGGACUCCACUGCAGAAACCUGUCCAAAGUGUGAGCACCCUCGGGCGUAUUUUAUGCAGAUUCAGACCAGAUCUGCUGAUGAACCCAUGACCACUUUCUACAAAUGCUGCAAUGCCCAAUGUGGACACAGAUGGAGAGAUUAACUAAUUUUAUUCCCACAACAGUGCUUUAUUUAACACAAGACAUCAAAAUCAUCAUUAGUUUUGUCUAAAAAUCCGCUCGGUACUUGUAACCAAAUGUAAAUAAAAUACUCCAAACGACA